AUGAAUUCAAGUGAUGAUAGUGAUGAUGAUGAGCGGAGUGUUCUAUUUAAGGAAGUACAACCGGUACAUAUAGGAAGUUCUUCAAGAACAAAUGGUAAUUUAUCAAUUCUGGAUGAGUUAUUUGCUCAGCCAGCUAAUCUUAAUAUGGUUGAGAAUCACUCCCCAAUUAUCAAGCAGCCAAUGGAUUUUGGUACCAUGAGAGCCAAACUUCAUGAGGACUUGUAUCAAACCUUUGAACAAUUCAAGCUUGAUAUGUUUCUAAUGUGCUCCAAUGCUAUGAACACCAAUCCUGCAAACUCAAGCCAAUAUAAAGUGGCUAAAACUAUAAGUGUUCGUGCUAAGAGACUUUUUGAGGAUCUAAAUGCUGAAGAAAAUGAUGAGUGGGAAAUUUUUCCCAACAAGAGAAGAUCAAUUAGAAGAUCACGAGGUGGCCAACCUAGAACCCCACGAAAUGCAAGUGUUUCUAAACCUAUUGUGACAGAGAGAAACAAUAAUGCUGUUGUUUCUCAAGAAGACAAUAGAGACACAUAUUCCCCUCCAACUCUAAGCAGCAACUCAUCACUUUUCAAAGAAUAUUUGGAAGCUAACAAGUCAAAGAUUAAUUUGAUUCAGGAUCCUAGCAACUACAAAGAGAGCCUACAAAUGUUUGUGGAAGAUUUGGGACCAAUAGCUAAAAAAGUUGCAGCCAAGAAACUAGAGCCCCUAAGCUUUCAACAACAAAAGAAUGUUGACAAUAAUUACCAUGAUGCCCCUCCCGGAUUCAACACCCCGCUAAUGAAUCCUCCUGCUCCUCUUCCUCGUCCUCGUCCAAAUAACAUAACUGUCAUCAACACCAACGCUAGUCGCGAUGUUGGCAUCAACGUUAACAACAAUCGUCCGGUGAACAUAGAGAACAAAUGGAACGAGCGCGCCGCUGCUAUCCUGGCCGAGAUUUUUGUCAAGAAAGACAAACAACCAGAAAGUGACAACAAUAAGGGCAAAUUUGGUAAUGUGUUCCCUCUUCUUACAAGACCUUUUCAAGAGGGCAUUAGCCAAAACAAUGUAAGUACCAUUGUUAGGCCUACAAUUGUGAUCCCAAAUGCUAAACAUGAGUCAAAUUCUAUGGCAAGUGGUAUUAGACCUACAAUUGUUAGACCUACAUUUGUGAGACCUACAAUUGUGAUCCCAAAUGCUAAAAAUGAGUCAAAUUCUAGGGCAAGAGGUAGUAGCGACACUUCAAAACCAUCAUUAUUUGCCUCACCAAGACCAUGGCAACAAAGCUUUUUUGGGCCUAGGGUUUCAAAUUGGUCCAUUCCUAGGAGCAACAACCUUAUAAGACCACAUGCCACACAUUUCUCCAAUGUACCAAACCCAAUUAGGCCUAUGAGUUUCCAAGCUAUGUUGAUGGGUUCACCCAACAUGGAUUUUUAUCACCUGUUGGGUCCAUCUACAUCAUCCCCUCAAGGUUUUGCUAAUAACAUGGGAAUACAGCAAAAUUACCAAAUUGCCCCUAUUCAGGUUCCACCUAAGCAAGAAGCAGGAGUUUCAUGUUCACUCUCAAUUGGUGGAUUGAAUUACAAUGAAGAAGGAGUAGGAGGUGUUAGUGUGGACCAGCCAGAAGAAGCAACUACCCUGCAUCUUCUUUGGGACAAUGACCCAUAUACCAAGUUGUCACUUUGACUCGAACAUAUUUAUGGGUGUUGCAUUAUGAAUCCUAUGGUAUGCUAUAAAUUGCUAAAUAAGCUCUUAGUUUGGGCAUAUUUUAAGAUUAUUGUAGUUGGAUUUGGAUAAUAUUAUUGCUGUCAGCUAGUAAGUUAUUGCUAUUGUUACAUUUCUUUUAAAUUUACAA